AUGCCUCAAACAAUCGGACUUAUACAAGUCUGUACCCUAAAUUUGAAGAUCUGUUUCACAUCUAUUGUGAUUCAGGUGAAAUUCAGAUACAUGAUUCGUUGUGUCAUUCAAGCUGUGAGUGAAUGUCAAGACCCUUUUGAUGCGCUGGAAUGUGAGCCAUUUGACAUCUUUAUAAGAUGUCUUUAUUCUUUUGUAAAGGCAGCAUGGCAGCACGUCAUACCUUCACAUUCAGUUCUUCAAUCAGAACUGCACAUGCAACGUCUCAAGGUCAUGGUGAGGGCUAUCAGUUUGCAGUCGGGCAUUGCCUUAGAAACUGCAUUCAUUAUGAUUUAUUAUGCAGACUUCCCUACGAGCCGUUCAAGCGAUUUUUCAAGUAUCCAAUGAUCUAUAGAUGAUUUAAAAAAAAUAUUUAGUUGUAUUUGACAUUUACUUAGAUAUUUGAUUGAAAAAGUUUGAUAAUAUUGAUGAAAAGCAAU